AUGGAGAGAGAUACAAAGCAUCAGCUGCGACUAAAAAACAGCAAGAGUACAAGAGCAGCAGAAAAUUCUACGUCGAUCAAUGAGUCUUUUUGUGAGGAAACUAGAAUUCAAUUCAGGAAUCUCACUUGCAGCCGAAAGGUUUUGCACUUGGAAGAGACUUUGUUAGUGCUAACAAGGUAG